AUGGCCGCCGCCGCCCCAGCCAAGGCCAACUUCUGCUCAUCAAAAUUCAACGACUUCAACAACUCGACGAUCUCCCCAGCAUUAUUGCAGACGCUGAUCCAGACCGAGCCUGCCAACACACGAUCGCAAGAUCCGGACAGCCUAGCGAGCGUGGAGCGACCUAAGCCUGCUGCUGUGGCCGUGGAAAGCUCACUUGCCCACAGCACCAUGCCCAUCACCCGUGACCAGCAGUACAACAGACCAGUUGUCUACCACUUUUUAGCAAACCCCCAACCAAGCCCCGUACUAUUGCUAAUCUUGCCUUCUCCACACCAGCUCAUCGCGACCAGCGUCACGGGUCCUUUCGCCUUUUUGCUGCAUGCCGUUGAGCGAUAG